AUUCUAGUACACGUAUAUCCAAGACGUCGUCUUUUAGUACGUUCUUAGUCUUUUCUAAGACCAGGUUUAAGUCAGAAAUAUCUGAAAGGUACACACUAGCAUAUCGGCGUAGUGACUGUGUACUCUGUAUGUACACCGCACCUCAUCAGCAUGGGGCGAAAUACUUGGAUGACCGGGGCCCUGGACGAAACGAUGUUGGCCGUCCCAUUGUGGAUCAAGGUGAGAAUUGUAGUGGGCCCGUAUGAGACGGAUCUGGGGGUUUUCACCGUGAUUCAUGAAUGGUGCGAGAAAUUUGCAGGAGUCCGGGACUACGCCGCCGUUGGGCGGAAGAGAAUGGUUAUAAGCUGGCAGGGAGGUUUGAUUAUUAAAGAGUCGACCACCCACCCGACAACUUGGAACCAAACUAGGACGCCAAAACCUUCAACAAAAGUUGUUUAAGCAUACCCGACUUUCAACAUGUCGCCGGGCUUGGUAGAGCAAGAUGAGGGGUUGGGGGAGUCCCUUCUCGAGCCCGUGGCUAUUUGUGGCAUGGCCUGUCGACUGCCCGGUGGUGUUGAUUCAGACUCAUCCUUCUGGAAGAUGCUGGUCGAGAAGCGCUCUGGACAGACACCGCGGGUACCCGAGUCUCGUUUCAAUAUCGACGCCCAUUAUCACGAGAAUCUCGCCCGUCCAGGCUCCUUUAAUGUUGCCGGAGGGUAUUUCCUCGAUGGGCAGCCUGAAGAGUUCGACCCUACUUUUUUCAACAUGACGCCCAUCGAAGCGCAAUGGCUCGAUCCGCAGCAGAGAAAGAUGCUUGAGGUAUCAUACGAAUGCUUAGUGUCAGCGGGUAUCACGUUAGAGUCCAUUGCUGGGUCCAAUACGGCGGUAUUCGUGGGGUCUUUCACAUCAGAUUAUCAGCAGAUGUCAACCCGCGAACCAGACUUUCGCCAUAACUACGCAGCAACAGGGGUUGACCCUGGCAUAAUCAGCAACCGUAUUGGUAACGUAUUCAACCUGAAUGGGCCGAGUUUCACCAUCAACACCGCAUGUUCCUCAUCUAUCUACGCCCUCCAUAACGCGUGUCACGCCCUCCGCAAUCGGGAUUGCGACGCUGCUAUAGUCGGUGGCGUUAAUCUGAUUAUAACCGUUGAUCAACACAUGAAUACUGCAAAACUAGGCAUUUUGUCUCCGACGUCGACUUGCCAUACAUUUGAUGCUUCAGCCGACGGGUACGGUAGAGCGGAAGGAGCCGGCGCUUUGUUCGUGAAACGUCUCUCGGACGCGAUUCGUGAUGGUGACCCAAUUCGUGGCGUCGUACGCGCGACGGCCGUUAACACCAAUGGGAAAGUUGAAGGGAUGGGCAUAACUCACCCUAGCGCGGCAGGCCAAGAGCGGGUGGUGCGAAUGGCAUACCAAAAGGCUAAUCUCGAUCCUACUCUCACAGCUUAUGCCGAGCUUCACGGCACAGGCACUCCUGUAGGAGACCCAAUAGAAGUACGAGCAAUAUCACGAGCAUUGAACGAUAGGAGACCCACUGAUAAGCCUCUGCUGGUUGGAGCAGUCAAGCCAAAUAUUGGACAUUCCGAAGCGGCGAGCGGGAUAUUCGCUGUAAUGAAAGCAGCACUAAUGACAGAGGCUGCGAUAAUACCUGGAGUUGCGUAUUUCCAGAACUUAAAUCCUGAAAUCAAAGAAAAAGAUUGGAACGUAAAGGUACAUGCUGACACAGCACCCUGGCCGAGUGAUUACCCAACACGGAGAGCCAGUGUGUCGUCCUUUGGAUAUGGAGGUACUAACGGCCAUGUCAUCAUCGACGCGAUCGAAUCUCUGUACCCCUGGUAUCAGCACGCCCAAAAAAGGCGAGAUUCGCAGCAUGUCAGACUCUCGAAGAAGGCCACUCUUUUGUGCUUUUCGGCACACGAUAAGCCCACUUUACUUCGCAAUAUCACCGCCGUCGGCGCCGUAGCCCCAGAAUAUCAUCUCUCUGAUCUGGCAUAUACCCUGAAUAUGCGCAGGACGAAAUUUAUGCAUCGAGCCUACGUUGUAGCAAGAGACGGUCAUGAAUCCGAUAGUUUUUCCAAGGCAGCCUUACAAACUGGGUCGGCUUCGAAGAAACCAAUUUCUAUUGGGUUUCUCUUCACUGGUCAGGGGGCACAAUGGGCUGGCAUGGGCAAGGCAGCUUGCCAAGAAUUCCCUAUUAUGAUGGAGACAAUCCAGCACCUGGAUAGAAUCCUGAGUAAGGCCCAACCCAAGCCGUCCUUCAACAUGACUGAACUGCUUCUGCAGAGCAGUGAGGACAGUGCAAGACGAAUCAACGAUGCAGACAUUGCCCAGCCGUUAUGCACAGCAAUUCAGAUCGCGCUCGUUGACCUCUUCGCGCAGUGGAAUAUCACACCCGAAGUCAGCAUUGGUCACUCCUCGGGUGAGAUCGGGGCGGCUUAUGCUGCUGGACUUAUCAGCGCUCCUGAGGCGAUUCUUGCAGCAUUUUGCCGAGGACGAUCUGUUUCUGAAUACUCACCCCCAGGUUCCAUGUUGGCGGUCGGAUUAGGAGUGCACGAAGUUGAAGAGUACUUGUCUCCUUUCGACGUGGAGGAUGUCUGCAUCGCUUGUGAAAACUCACCUAGCAGUGUGACCCUAAGUGGACGAGAAGGCCCGAUCUCAGAGGUCCGAGAGAGACUUGCUUCAGAAAAGAUUUUUGCAAGAGAGCUCCCAACAGGUCGAGCAUAUCACUCUCCCCAUAUGGCAUCUGUCGGUAUAGUUUACGAUAGUAUGCUUACCAAUGCGCUCAACGAGAUCUCAGAGGACGACUUCUUGUGGCGUCGUCCACGAUCAUGCAUGAUAUCAUCUGUCACUGGGAGAAUUGUGGAUUCUUUCUCAGAGUCACUGAAGCCAGGUUACUGGAGUGACAAUCUUCGCAACAGGGUUUUAUUUGACACAGCUGUCCAACAAUUAGGUAGCAACAAGGAUUUUGAAAGUUUAACUCAUCUCAUCGAAGUCGGACCACACUCGGCUCUCGCUGGCCCUUUCAAGCAAAUAUGUCUUCAUAACAAAUAUUUAGGGUCUCGAAUCAAAUACUUCCCAUCCUUGAAACGUAACGAAAACGACACAGAUAGGCUGCUAAGUGUCGCGGGAUCUUUAUUCUUAGAGGGAUACAACGUCGAUUUGGAAGGAGUUAAUGAAUCGAAUGAAAGUGGUAUAAAGAACGAUGCUCGUAAGCAGAAAACGAAACAUCUGAUUGUUGAUCUUCCGCCAUACCAAUGGAAUUACGAAAAGCGAUACUGGACAGAACCACGAGCCAGCGCUGAGCAGCGAGCACGAGCUUAUCCUCGCCACGACCUUCUUGGUAGUCGCAUAUCAGGGCUUUCAAGAAAAUCAGCUAGCUGGCGUAAUGUCCUGCGGCACCGCGAUGUGCCAUGGCUCAAAGACCAUAAUCUCGGCGGUACGGCAAUCUUCCCCGCUGCAGGUCAUCUGUCAAUGGCGAUAGAGGCACUACAACAAGUCUGCGAAACUGCAGGGAAGCCAUUCAAAGGAGUCACAUUGCGUGAUGUUGAUAUCAGGACAGCCUUGGUAGUACCUGACGAUGACGAUGGUAUAGAGGUUAUCCUGAAUCUACAGUCACCGACCGACCCGACAUCGGAUUGGUAUCACUUUUCCGUCGAGUCUCCAGGAUCAGAUGGGGAAUGGACAACUCAUUGCAAUGGAAGAAUAUCGGCGAUCGGCAGUCCCAAGAGCAUCCUAUCUAGCAAUGAAACUCCUGUUGACGAGACGGCUCUGACACAACGUGUGUCAGGGCAACGGUGGUACAGUGCUUUCCAUCGAGUGGGCUUUUACUAUGGAAAAACCUUUCAGCAAUUGCGACAUGCACGGACCGCUAGGACUCUUCAUCAUGCUUCGGGCGACGUAACCAUACGACAAAUCUAUGCCGAGGAAAUGCAGGGCGAAUCGCGCUAUCUAAUACAUCCGACAAGUAUUGACGCUUGCCUACAACUAAUCAUUAUCUCAAUCAACUCUGGGAAGCAUAAAGAUAUGCCCUGGGGCGUUGUACCAACACGCCUCGAGGAAGUGACACUGUUCCCUGCAUUGACUGGCCAAGAAAGUGGCAUAGGCCACGCCGUGGCAUGGACAAACGGCUUCGAGGGGCGUCGCUUCAAUACCAAUGUCCAACUCAGUGGCAGUGAUCACAGUCUGCUUUUAGAUAUCAAGAAUUUGACGUGUACUGCGUAUGAAGCUGCGCUGCCUGCUGUAUCUGAUGUUCUCAACGGGACCGAAGCCAAAGGGUCAGAACCUUUCUCUAUCAUGUCUUGGAAACCCGAUGUUCAAACCCUUCGAUAUGACGACUUGGAAGCAUUGUGGCCGGAUAUACCGAGUGAGCUUGACAAAAUUGGACGAUGUGUCGAUCUCAUCAGUCACCGUCAAAUUUUAUCUAGAAUACUCAUUAUUGUACGCGAUUCCGUUGCGAGUGCCCAAGCACUGAUCGGCUCCAUCUUAGAUACCAUCCCAGACAGCAUGAGCAUUUCCGUUGUCGUCUCCGUGGGCGACGAUGACAAGACAGCUGUCAUGAUGUCUGAGUUGGCACAACCACGUGUGCAGUUAAAUACCUGGGGCGCCAAUCCUAAAAAUUGGGACAUGACUGAUGCUAAGAGUCAUGAUUUGGUUGUGGCCGAUUCUCAUGUCCAAGGCCAGGAACCUUUGUGUUCUGAGCUCCUUCUACAACUUGUUGGUGAGGACGGAUGGCUGAUCUACCCUUCUGAAGCCACCGCGUCAUUGGGAGCUGUAUUCUCAUUAAAGCUGGGUGAACACACCCUGCUUCACAAGACUGAGGGCAGCGCUCAGAAACUUGAGGCCAGCUCCUAUCUCGACGAAGUUACGGUGUUGUCAGCAUCAUGUGACCGAAACUUGCGUGACUUCGGAGAUACUUUACCAAGGCUACAAUCCCAGGCUCAGGUUCAAGAGAAAGAUAUAUCUGAAUUUACCCGAGGACAAGACCGUCGCAUACUGAUUGAUGAUUUCUCUGGCGCAAUAUCUGCUUUGAUGCUCGAGAAAGAGGCUACUUUCGAGAUUAUCAAGCAAGUGUUGACAUCGGGAGUCCCGGUGCUUUGGCUAACUCGAGGAGCAAGACAGGGGCUCUCAGUGGGGCGGCAUUCAGGAGCAGGUGGUAUAGCCGAGGGUUUGCUUCGUGUCAUACGCUCCGAGCAAGCCGCCGCAAAGAUCACAAUACUAGAUGUAGAUGCUGAUACAAAGCCGGCCAACGUGUGCCAUGCCAUAGUACAUGCACUUAAUUCCGCAGCAACGAAGGACUCGGGCCGCGACACUGAGCUUUGGUUACACCGGGGCAUCAUACAUACUUCACGAAUUUACUCCCGAGAUGUGUUGAAUCGAGAUUUUAGUCAAGUCCAGCCUCAAAAGACACCAUUAUCUGGUUCAUUGAGGCUAACAACCAAGACAGAGGACGGACGAUUCGUGUUCGAGUUCAAAGACCAAAAACUAGCGACCUUGAGAGAUGAGCAGGUCGAGAUCCAAGUUUUGGCUUCGAACUGGCCAUCCUUUUCUGCCGGUUCUCGAAUGCUUGUAGCGGGCAACAUUAUCGGAGUUGGCAGCUCCGUAGCUGAAAACCUCAUAGGGAAACGUGCGAUAGCCUUCACAUAUGACACAUUGCAGACAGUAUUAACUACUUCAGCAUAUGCCGUUGUCAGUGAAGAAUUAUUCCAUCUCUCGCCUGAACAAUUAGUGCAUACUGCCCUUCCGCUGUACCCUUUUGUAAAUCUCUGUCUCUCUAGUGCCAAGCUGGAGAAAGGAGACACUGUCAUAUCGCUUCCAGGCCAUGAACAAAGCAUCAAGAUGCUAACACGGCUGGCAAAUAUCAUGGGCUGGCGGUUCAGCGUCGUCAAUAAUACGGAUAAUGCAAACACUGUAAAUGCCUUGAUAUCAAGUCAGAGAGAGUCGGCUCCCUCUCGCGCUGUUACCAUUAUUGCACAUGACUUCGAUACACAUCUGGCACAGGAAGUAUGGAGAGGCAUCCCACCAUCAUGCCGCCUCCUCGUGCUCAACGAACAGCCUCUUGAAACUACAUUGGAUCCGUUACCAUUUUCACGAGGUGCAAGCUUCAUCCCUUCUUCAAUGAAGUACCUGCGAGAAUCUACCACAGCUGCCUCAAGCCUACUGGCGACGUCAUUAAACCUUAUCGAAGCACAUCCCUCACUCAGAAUGGAAAUGUCUGACUCCGACACCCAUUGUGUUGAUAUUGAAGACACUAUGUAUACAUCAAAACACCAGGGUAAGGAACUUGACGGCCCUGAGGUAGUGGUGUGCUAUCGUCCUCAAACCAGCCGGAUAUGGGCUAUACCCAAGAGGAAGCAAUUGCGAUUAAGCCCAGAUGCUACAUAUCUACUUGUAGGCUGUCUAGGGGGAUUAGGCCGCAGCUUAACUAGGUGGAUGAUGGCGCAUGGCGCUAAACACUUCACAUUCAUCUCACGUUCGGGCAUCGAUAAACCAGAGGCCGCUCGCCUAGUUAAGCAUAUUGAGCUUUCCGGUGCCUCUACCCGAGUGGAACGCGCAGAUGCCUCGGAUCAAGAUAAAAUUGCCAGAAUUGUAGCUUCAAUCCAGGCAGAGAGGCCAAUACGAGGAGUCGUCCACGCAGCGAUGGUUUUAAAGGAUGGUAUGUUUGAGCAGAUGACACACCAAUCAUUCUAUGACUGCAUUAGACCUAAAGCACAGGGUGCACUGAGCCUUCAUAGUGCACUCGAAAGUGCAGGCAUUGACCCUGAAUUCUUCGUGAUGACAAGUUCCAUCUCUGCCUUACUAGGUAAUACUGGCCAAGCCAACUACAGCGCAGCAAAUAGCGCUUUGGACUCACUUGCGCGACAAAGACGUGCAGCAGGGCUGGCUGCGACAUCACUUGUGCUUCCGAUGGUGCUUGACGUAGGUGUCGUAGCUGAUAACGACUCAAUCGAGGCUUCACUCGUUCGAAAAGGCCUGUAUGGCAUUGAUGAGCACGAAAUGCUGCGGGGGUUUGAAGCGGCAAUGCUCAUGUCCCGAUCGAGUAGCGACACGAGGAAGGAUUCAAGCACCUCAAAGUCGGUAAUCACAACAAAUGUGAUUGCAGAUGAGUCACAGAUUAUUAUGGGGAUGGAGCCCCGUGAGCUGGCAGCGUCAGCUGUGGAUGAGAACACUGCUGCAUACUGGCAUGAAGACUCUCGCUUCCGUCACACGCGGGCUGCAAUGGAGAGGCUUUUAGCUGGUACUGGGACCAGCAACAACAGCAAAGACAGUGAAAGCAACUCGUUCACUGGAGCCAUCAAAGUUGCAGCUUCCGAAAGUCCGGAAGCUGUUGUGCAGGUUGUUUCGGAGCAUAUCGCGCGGCGAAUGUCAAGCAUCCUCAUGAUCCCCUUCGACAACUUCGAGCUCACCGGCCAGGCAUCAAUCGCAAGCUAUGGUCUCGACAGCAUGAUCGGCGCGGAGUUACGAACUUGGUUAUUCAAGGAAUUCGGUUUAGACUACCCUUUCCAGAAGCUCCUAGCGUCUACACUUACAUUUAAGAGUCUUGCAGAUGUUGUAAUUGAUACCAUCGGCGUUCUGAAUGAAGUACCACAACCCAGUAACUAGACAAUCCUACUGAACUUAUACCCCAUUUUUGAGAUACAAAAAAUGUAUACAGGUUGCAAGGAAUGCAAAAUUUUUGGUUUUGGCACAGAGAUACGAGAUAGAAGGUAGAGGGGUUCGGCUUAGACUACACCUUAACAUAAUAAAAACUUCAUUCUAAAACUUGUGGUAUCUUGAUACUAGUGCUUGAUAUCCAAUCACUCUGUACAUAAAAAAUAGAUAAUAAAAAAAU